CGUGAACCGUGUGAAUUCUUACAUGUCAAUGUAUGACAACAGUUAUGCGGCAUUGGGCAUUGGGCAUUUGGAUCUACUUACUAUAGCCCAAAUCGUUCCUACACUAAAAAGAAUUUUCCCUUACAAUGCUGAUCAAAAAGAAAUUUUACGCCUCUGCAAUAUUAACCCAAACAUAGAAAAUCCUAUACAAUUACGGAUGUCAUUUUUAUGUCAAAAUCCGCCCCGGCCCGGUCAGAAUCGACCGAAUUUUUAUCAAAUCUCUAAGCUUAAAUAUGCAAUAAUUGCAAAUUCACCUGCAAAUAUUCAAUAA